UUGUCAGUGACCGUUUCCUUGGCCGUUAAUUCUGGUGUUGAGAGUGCGAAUAUCACUCUGACAGUUAGUUCUCAUUCAUAAGCAAAUUGUAUAGAAAUGAAAAGCCAGAAACACAUUUAGUUUUGUUAUGUUUCUUGAGGUUCUGUUCUGAUUCCUGAGCUACCCAAUAACAAUGGCAAUGUAUAGAAUUGCAAUUGGGUCCCCUGCAGAGGCUGCCCAACCUGAUGCAAUUAGAGCAGCAUUUGCAGAAUUUUUCUCCAUGAUCAUUUUUGUUUUUGUUGGAGAAGGAUCUGGCAUGGCUUACAGCAAGCUUACUGACAAUGGACCUGCAACACCUACUGGUCUAAUACUUGCAUCACUGUCUCAUGCAUUUGGGCUUUUUGUGGCUGUUUCUGUUGGGGCAGUCCAUUCUGGUGGUCAUGUGAACCCUGCAGUCACAUUUGGUGCCUUUAUAGGAGGAAACAUAACCCUGCUGAGAAGUAUUCUGUAUUGGAUUGCACAGUUACUUGGUUCAGUUGUUGCAUGCAUUCUUCUCAAGUCUGCAACUGGUGGAAUGGAAACAUCAGGCUUUUCUCUAUCCCCUGGUGUGUCUGUGUGGAAUGCAUUGAUUUUUGAAGUUGUGAUGACUUUUGGUUUGGUAUACACAGUUUAUGCAACAGCAGUGGAUCCAAAGAAAGGGAAUGUGGGAAUUGUUGCCCCUAUUGCAAUUGGUUUGAUUGUGGGUGCCAAUAUCUUAGUUGGUGGUGCUUUUGAUGGUGCAUCAAUGAACCCAGCUGUGUCCUUUGGCCCUGCUGUGGUUACCUGGCAAUGGACUCAUCAUUGGGUCUAUUGGGCUGGACCAUUCAUUGGUGCAGCCAUUGCUGCAAUUAUCUAUGAUAACAUCUUCAUUGGUGAUGAUGGUCAUGAACCUCUUUCAAGCAGUGACUUCUAGAUUUUGCUUUCUGAUAAAUGUUAAUGUCUGCUUCUGCUCUUAUAUUCAGGAGUGAAUAAAAUUGCUGAAGGUUUAAGAUCCUUUUGAGAUUGUUAAUAAUUUAUAAGGAUUCUUAGUACUCCAUUUUUAUGUUGUAGGAAUUAAGAUUUCUCUUUCUGGUUUUGUAGAGAUGAACAAGGAAUUUCUAGAUGUAAUAUCUUUUAUGUUAGACUAUAAUGAGUUGCUAUCCUUUUUAACUUUUCUCUACUAUUAUUA